UUGACACACUUUGAUACCUCGCUAUACCUACGUACCAGGUAGGUUGGAUCUUUUUAUUUAAAAAUGUUUCGUACGGGUUUUGAUUUACCGGUCGUAAACAAUAUUUAAGAGGCGACGGCCAUGUUGGCGUUUGCGGACCUUGGUGUUCCAGUAAAGGUGGAACAGCAAACGUUUCUGGGAAACUGUUAUCAUUAUGGAGUCCGAGAGAUUGUGUCCUGUCUGUUGCUCUGCUAAACGUGUACAGUGCACUGUAGUUGACAGCGACAUAUGGAAUGCAGCUGUGGUCUCACAACCAUCCGUGUUCUGAAGCUCUCCUUCAAACAAACUCGGAUCCAUCUAUUUCAGUAAGGAAAACUUCCUCUUUCUUCUGCGCAUGACAGUACAGUGGUUUGUUUAAAAGCUUAAUCGAGUAAUCGAGUCAAAAUGUCUUUUCUGGACAAUAUUCAAAUUGUUGGCGCGAAAAUGGACGAGUUUGAGCAGGCGAAGAAAGAGCAUGACGCACUUCUUCAACGUCAAAAGGAAGAAAAAGAGGAGAAAAUCGCUGCCGCUGCAGCAAAACGGAAGUUGACAGCUAAAAAGAUGACUAACUCUGUCAUCGUGAAGGAGGAUAGGAGGACACGCUGGGAGUCUGCGAGGACGAGUAGGGAUAGCACUUCCGUUCAAAAUAGGCAGGUAUCGUCACGGCAAACCGCUAUUACGUCACAACAAAACUUUGCUGUCACCGUGACAAGUAAAAACACAGCAUUUAUGACGAACAAGGGGACCGGGACGUACCACAUGGCCCCACCUUCCUCGACACCGUCACAAGCCAAAAAGACCACGAGACCGACAAGUUUGCAGGGUCUUCCCAGGCGCGAUGACGGCGAGGAUUCAACGGAAGUGAAAAAACGAGUUGGAAAAUCAUCACGCAAAACAACUAAGGACGAUGAUUUGUCAUCGCCGAGCAACGACAAAAAGCUGAACGAGCUAAAUAUCAGCGAUGAAACAGGUACAAAACAGAUAAAGACGCCCGAUUAUAAAACGUUUCUCGUAUCGACAGGGAAAGCAGUUUUCCCACAGAAACAUGAAGAGAUGGAAGCCGGAAGUGACGUUAAAAAUAAUGAAGAUGCAAAGUCGAACGAUAUAAACGCGCAGACUGGAAAUAACGAUACAUCCGGUGUCGUUUUUGUUCCGGACGGUAAACAGGAUGAAGAGCCAGGAGCUGGAGAAGCGGGAUCAUCAGGAAAUAAUAAGGAGAGCGGAAACGGUGUCGCUACCGGAAGUGAGAUCGAUGGCGGAAGUUCUAAUUCAAAUAAUGGCAACAACGGUGACAAAAAUGGCGCAACUGAUGCUGGGGAGAACAAUUCCUAUGACAAGACUGAUGCAGAAAUAAAUAAAUUAUCGGGUGACUCGACACAAGAUGGCGGCAAAGGGGAGACAACCAAGGAAAGAGGAACACUUAUGCCGGGGAAUAUUGAGGGUGAUCGCCCCCUUAGUCAUCCCGAGGAAGUCACAAAAUAUUUGCGCAGUGUUUACAAGUUAUUAGAAAAACCCAAACAGCUUCAUACAUUCAACGUUUGCGAUGAAUUUAUUGAUACAAUUUCUUGCGUUUCUGGGGAAAACGCUUGGAUGUUCUGUGACGGAAACAAACUUAUUCUCGUCAACAAAGAUGGUGACAAACAGAGGUCGAUUCAGCUUCGAGGUAAAAUCGGGGACUUCUGUACGCUUUCAUCUGGUGAGGUUCUGUUAACUCACAUGGACGACUGUUGUGUUUACAGUAUCCAGGCCAACGGGGUCAUGACCUUACAAUUCAAAACCGAACCUUUACACCCAGUUGCAAUUCAGCCAACCGCUGACGACAAUGUAUUGAUCACUUUGGCGGAUGAUUGGGACUACAAAAUUGAGCCACAAAGCCAAAGACAACUACGCAUGUACAGUCGUGACGGCACCGUCUUGAAAACGCUUGAAUUUGGGCCUGAUGAAAAACGCUUGUUUUGUAAGCCAGGACGCGUCCGCGUGAGUAAAAACAAUUCUAACAUUGCCGUGUGCAACUUUGUGAAUGACAAACCUGGUGAUGAUCACGUGAUAUUUCUAGACAAAAAUUUCAACUUCCUGUUUCGGUCUAACGAGCGCUACUCCAUACCUAGUGAACUUAAACCUCAAAGUCACGUGAUAUUUGACGACAUGAUUUUUGAUUCAGGAGAUAAUGUAGUUACCGUAGAAACAGUCUCAAAUAGCGUUCAGCUAUUGGACAAAAACUGUCGAUACGUAAAAACUCUAUAUAGAGAUCCGACGGACGGCGAACAACCGAUGUCCGUUGCCUUGGAUACGGAGGGCAAUCUGUGGAUUGGCUUCCAAAAAGGUCACGUGACGAUUGUAAAAUAUAGAACACAAGUGAUGGCAGUUGAGGCGGUGAAAGAGUAACUUUACGUCAUCAUUUUUUUGCUCAAAAUGUUUGCGCUAAUUAUAUUUUCACGAACUAAGGGAACAUACACAUUUCAUAGUUGGAACAUUCGUCCGUUUAUCAAAUAUAAUUGUAAUAAUUAAAAGAACAUUGUAAAAAUAAAUAAAAUUCGUCGAAAGCGAGUCCUUAAAAAUUUUGACAGCGCUUUAUAAAUUUGAUGUAUUGAACCUUUUGUUUCUAUCUAUUGAGGAGACUUACCUUGUUGUAUUACAGAGAGAAGAUUUAAAUCCAUAUAGAUCCAUUCGAGGGAGUUAUUUUUCAAAAAUAACUGUAACCUUGAGCAUUGGAUUGAGAAAAUGGACAUAGACCUUUUUUUUCUUUCUCAUAAUCCGAAACGCAAAUAAACGCGGGUUUUCUCCUGGUACUGCGGUUUCCACCCGCAUGAAAACCACUACGCGUCUUAGAUGCAGGCCAACAAGAGUGAUUAAUAUAAUUUGAGAUAACUUGUUUCAUAAUCGUUGUAAAAUGAAUAAGAUUUUUAACGCAAACAAAGUCACUGUGGCUCUUUCCUACAGCCCCAGGAUUUCUGGAUAUUAUUUUAGGAAUGUAAACAUAUGACACAAUUGACUUCAUCUGUUCUUAAAAAAGUCAUUUUACGUUUCGUUUCCUGUUACGGCGUGACGAAGGCACACAGUUAAAGACCUAUGGAAUACAAAUAGCGUUCCAUUUAGGACAGAAUGCAUUGUUAAAAUUCAAUUAAAGUCGAAGACAAUCGCCAACACCUAUUCAAUGUUGUCAAUCAUUGUAAACGUGAUGAUAAAGUCACUAGUGUAAAGCGAUAAAGUAGAGAUGUACGUAAUUUUACAAUCUCUCUCUCUCUCUCUCUCUCUCUCUCUCUCUCUCUCUCUGUUUUUAGUAGCUUUUAAUUUUUUGCAUUUCUUCGAAUCCUUGCUUGUUUGUGUUUGUGUAUGUAAGAUUGUGUAUGUGGGUGGGUGUGGGGUAGAAAGGUAAUGUGUUAAUGUAAAACUACACAAGUGUCAAAUGUUCUGAUGCAACUGAAAAAAAAUGCAUGUAUUUAUAUUUUAUAUGAAAUCAAUUCAUCAUACCUGAAUGAACGGCUGAUGAAGAAUGACUUAUUGAGUGAUCAAUUAUGAGGAUAAGUAAUCGUGAUAAUGAUGUGUAAUCAUAUGAGGAUAAUGAUAAUGAUGAUGAAUUAAUGAUUGAUGAUAAUUAGGGCUACAUGAUGUUGACUGAUGAGGAAUGAUUGAUCGAUUGAUUGGAUGAUGAUGAUGAUGAUGAUGAUGUGUAAUG